GUAUCCGACCGCGCAUGACCAGUGAGAGCUACGAAGAAAUUUCAAAUCAUAAGAAGUUAAAUCAUGCUAAAGGUAUUCGUGAGGAAUUGGAUUUUCAUGAAAGGACUCCCCGUGAAUAAUAUAUUAAACUGAUAACAAAAGGAAAUCUCUAUAUAAAUGGGACAUUCCGAAAGCGAUGGUGACAUUUCCGAAAAUCAUGGUGUAUACUUUCUCCUUCACGAAAGCGAUCCAAAACGUUCUCGCCCAAACCAGCUUGCAUGGCGUGUUUCAUCUUGUGCACAAACGCAGCACAUACGUUGAAAAAGUAAUAUGGCUUGGCAUCAUUUCGAUGGCCCUGUUUGCCGGGUGCUACAACGUCGGCAGCUUUUGGGUGCGCUACUGGACCAACCCGACCGUGAUAGCGCUGGAUCGUGACUAUCACCUGUGGAACACCACGUUCCCCAGCCUGACCGUGUGCUUUCAGAAGCGGUUGAACGAAGCGGCCCGCGAUCAACUGAUAGCACAGGUGGAUCCGGAGCUGGCCGAGCGGUAUGGCGAGUUUUUGGACACGCUGCUCGAGAGUGACAUCGAGAAUGUGGGCCACCUGGCCGAGUUUGACGAGUUCGAGGGGGCCGAUCUGCGGCAGCUGCUGAACGAGCUGACCGAUCGGCCGAACGCGGUCGUCACGAUGGAGGGUGAUCUUCACGGAACGCUGGUACGAUCGCUGACCGAGAUGGGCAUUUGCUACACGUUCAACACGGCUAUCGGUCGGUACCUGAGCAUUGAUCCGUACGCGCCGGACGAAAAGCUGUACGAAGUGAGCGUGUUCAAUGGCGAAGCAUCGGCAACGAUAUCGAACUGCACCUCUAAUGGGAAUAUUUUCUUCCACAGCCCGUAUGAGAUGCCAACGAUCCGGAAGUCACUGCUUAUCGAGCGAGGAUUUUUCACAUUCACCAAGAUGGAUUUCAACGCACUGGCAAUUACGUCCGUUCCCGCCUUGAAGAGUUUAAGUAUCAAGCAACGGAAGUGUCGCUUUCCGCACGAGUCCAACCUGAAGUUCUUUCCGGAGUACUAUUCCUAUGGGUUGUGUUUGUUGGAGUGCAAAUUCUACCUAUUUCUCAAGCAUUGCGAUUGCAUUCCCUACUUUUAUCAAAUAUCAGAUCCCUCCAAGUACUGCAAGCUAUCACAACUUGCCUGUGUGGAGCUGUACCAAAGCUACAUCUCCUUUCUGACGGCCGACGAGCUGCGGGAAAUCUUUGGUGCGUGUAAUUGCCUGAAAAACUGUGACGAUGUCACGUUCACGCUGCAGCACUACGGCUCAACGUUCUGGUUUAACGAUCCGGUAAUUAAAUGGAGCAUCCGCAUACCGAAAAUUCGUUACAGUCGAAGAAUCAUUUUCGACUUUAUCGAUGCGAUGGUGUCCACCGGCAGCAUUCUGGAGUUUUUCUUCGGCUUCAGCAUCAUCACGCUGGUUGAGCUGGCUUACUUUUCCAUGAGAAAUCUCAUCCUUUCCUGCUUGCGCAUCAAGAUGAUAACAAGAAUCUGCAAGCGCAAGCAGCGCAAAGUAAAGAAUGGUAUCAUUGGCAACCAGACGAUCAUUAAAAAAGUGCCCACAAUUCGGGUUAAUUGA